AGAUAGGCUUAUCUGUGAUAGCCAAUCAACCUCAUCCACACUAUAACCUUACAAACAACCCCUCAAAACCUUAACUGAUCUCUUGCAUACAACCAUACAUCAUCAGCAUGGCCUUCACUAUGGCCAAUUCUUCCCUCCAGGCAAAUGCUAAGGGAUUUUCUGAAUUUGCUGGCCUCCGUAGCUCAUUUGCACCUCUUCCUUUUGAAAGGAAAGUUUCUGAUGACUUCGUCUCCAUGGUUUCCUUCCAAACCUCGUUCGUCGGUACAGGAAAGGGUUGUAAGGGACCGGUGGAAGCAAAGCUGAAGGUAGCCAUCAAUGGAUUUGGGCGCAUUGGAAGAAAUUUCUUGCGAUGUUGGCAUGGCAGGAAGGACUCCCCUCUGGAUGUUAUUGCUAUCAAUGACACCGGCGGUGUCAAACAAGCCUCCCACCUUCUCAAAUAUGACUCAACUCUCGGAAUAUUUGACGCAGAUGUUAAACCUUCAGGAGACAGCGCGAUUUCCGUUGAUGGAAAGAUCAUCAAAGUUGUCUCUGACCGCAACCCAUCCAACCUCCCAUGGGGGGAAAUGGGGAUUGAUUUGGUGAUAGAAGGCACUGGAGUGUUUGUUGACAGAGAUGGAGCUGGGAAGCACAUUGAAGCUGGAGCAAAGAAGGUUCUGAUCACCGCACCAGGGAAAGGUGACAUUCCUACUUAUGUUGUUGGUGUCAAUGCUGAUCUGUACAACCAUUCUGAAAACAUCAUAAGUAACGCCUCCUGCACCACCAACUGCCUUGCUCCUUUCGUCAAAGUCAUUGACCAAAAAUUCGGAAUUAUAAAGGGAACAAUGACCACCACUCACUCUUAUACCGGAGACCAGCGACUUUUGGAUGCUAGCCACCGUGACUUAAGACGUGCACGGGCUGCAGCACUCAACAUUGUCCCAACAUCCACUGGUGCAGCAAAGGCCGUGGCACUUGUGUUGCCAUCACUCAAAGGGAAGCUCAACGGUAUUGCUCUGCGUGUGCCUACACCAAAUGUAUCUGUAGUGGACCUGGUUGUUCAGGUUUCAAAGAAGACCUUUGCUGAGGAGGUGAAUGCCGCAUUCCGAGAAGCUGCAGCCAAUGAGCUGAACGGUAUCUUAUCGGUGUGUGAUGAGCCACUCGUGUCUGUUGACUUUAGAUGUAGUGAUGUCUCGUCAACCGUUGACUCUUCCUUGACAAUGGUUAUGGGAGAUGAUAUGGUGAAGGUGAUUGCAUGGUAUGACAAUGAAUGGGGUUACUCACAGAGGGUGGUUGAUUUGGCUGACAUUGUUGCCAAUCAAUGGAAGUAAAUUAUCCAUCGGCUUCUGUCACUAGCUCCCUUUAAUUGUUACCAUUUUCUUCCAAGCUAUCUAAUUCUUUUUUGUGUCAAAUAUAUAUAAUCCUAUAUAUGUAUGUACUGUAAUGUAAUGUAAUACAAUCAGACUUUCAAGUGUUUUGGAAUAUCAUUAUUCUAAAGAGAAAUAAAAGCUUUCCUCUUCUCAUUGGCUCA